CUUUUGCAAACACCAAGUCUGCACCACCCACUUACAUUAUUUGCUUCCUUGUCUGUCUGCAUCUUGUUUCCCCGGGCUCCAAACGGCGCUGGUGCAACUGCAGCAUUGUUUUGGGCGGUCCCGGAGCAAAUGGCGGAAGAGCAGCAGGUGCCGCUGUUGAAGAAGGUUUACUUUCAGAAUUGCUCAGGGUGUAGAGUGGAACAGCUUAAAGAGACCAGACGCGGUUUACCCAUUAGGGAGCUUCUUUCUAUAUGGACUGUGGUGCUAUGCACUGCAUUGCCGAUAUCAUCUCUCUUUCCAUUCCUUUAUUUCAUGAUUAGGGACUUCCAUAUAGCAAAAAGAGAGGAAGACAUUGGUUACUAUGCUGGUUAUGUGGGGUCUGCAUUUAUGCUUGGAAGAGCAUUGACAUCUGUUGCCUGGGGAAUGGUGGCUGAUCGAUAUGGCCGAAAACCUGUUAUAAUGAUAGGCACUAUCGCAGUGGUUAUUUUCAACACUCUUUUCGGUCUUAGUGUAAACUUCUGGAUGGCCCUCUCUACAAGGUUUCUUCUUGGAAGUCUGAAUGGUUUACUUGGGCCAAUUAAGGCAUAUGCAGCUGAAAUUUUCCGUGACGAAUACCAAGCUCUAGGACUGUCAACAGUUAGUACAGCAUGGGGCAUAGGAUUGAUCAUUGGACCAGCUUUGGGAGGUUUCCUUGCCCAGCCUGCAGAAAAGUAUCCGGAUAUAUUCUCUGAAGAUUCUCUAUUUGGAAGAUUUCCAUACUUCUUGCCCUGCCUGUUUAUAUCAGUUUAUGCAAUGAUUGUAACAGUUGCUUGUUGUUGGCUUCCGGAAACAUUGCACACACAUAAUGAAAACAAAAAAUCAAGAGAAGACUCAUAUGAUGCUUUGGAAGCGGCCAAUGGUGGGUCUAAUGCAAAAGAAAAAGAACAAGAAAUUGAAGGAAGUGAACCAACUUCUAAUGAAAGCCUCUUUAUGAAUGGGCCUUUGAUGUCUUCUAUCAUUGUCUACUGUGUUUUUUCACUACAUGAUAUGGCUUAUACAGAGGUGUCCAUUAUAACUGGCAUGUUCCUUCUGCAAAACAGUGCUGUGGACCAACACCAGAGAGGAACUGCUAAUGGCAUUUCUAUGACUGCAAUGUCUCUUUUCAAAGCAGCUGGUCCUGCUGGAGGAGGCGCACUCUUUUCUUGGGCACAAAAGCGACAGGAUUCUGCUUUCUUCCCAGGUGACCAGAUGGUUUUCUUAAUCCUGAAUGUGGUUGAGGCAAUCGGAGUGCUCAUGACAUUCAAACCAUUUCUAGUUCAAAGGCGUCGAUAGAGGAAAAUGAGUCUGAUUCAACUUCAGGCCGUUAGGAUUAUCACCUCAGUAUGACUCUUUGGUAGCAUUGCACCUGUCUCCAUUCAUUAUAGGGAGGAUAACUUGCAUCCUGUAGUAACCCUUUUGGGGGGGGUAUAUUAGAUCAACAACAGUGUGCCCUGUAUCUACUGCAUUUUGUACACCAGUAAAUUACUGCCUACCUGCAUAUUGUUUGACAUAUUUGGUUACCAAUGAGCAGUUCAUGAGUUGGCAAAACUCUUGUUUGA